AUGAUAGUCUCAAUGAUGACGACAGUGUGCGUACUGCGGUCGCGUGAUAUUUAUCCUAGCAACCGAGCGAAGCUAGGCUCAGGCAGGAUUCACCUGAUGCUUGCUUCCAAAUAUAUUAAAAGUAAACCAUAGAGGAGCAAUUCACAAUGAGCCAACCAUAUAAGACAAUUGAGCCCAAUGUCAUAGAUGAUAAAAUGCUUGAAGAGAUGGUGAAAAAACAAGGACCACAAGGAAGAGCAGGACGGAUAGCCCAAUCAGAAGGAAUUGACUUCAAAGAUGUAUAUCAUCUUCAACUUGAUUACCAAAAUGUACUGAAGAUUGAUAAUCUGUGGCAGUUUACAUCAUUGACUAAACUCCAGCUCGAUAAUAAUGUCAUUGAAAAGAUUGAGGGACUGAACACUCUAGUCAACCUGGUAUGGCUAGAUUUAUCUUUUAACAAUAUUGAGAUGAUUGAAGGCCUGGAAGAACUGGUUAAGCUGGAAGACCUCAGUCUGUACUGUAACAGAAUUUCCAAAUUUGAAAACAUGGACUCAUUGGUAAACCUGCAAAUUUUCUCUAUUGGAAAAAAUCAUAUCAGCGACCUGGAAUCUAUUAUUUAUUUAAGAAGAUUUAAGAGACUGCGGACAUUGAAUCUUGCUGGCAAUCCUGUUAGUGAAGAUGAACGAUACAGUAUGUACAUUCCUGCCUUUCUGCCUGAUCUGAUGUACCUGGACUUCAGAUUAAUAGAUAAGACUACAAAAGAACAGGCUUUACAAAUGCAUUACAGUGCUAUUGCGAAUUUGGUGCACCAAGAAGAUUUGGAAUUUAAAUCCCUUGAAAAGUUAAGGUUGGAAGAAGAGGAGCUGGCUUUACAUAAGGAUGCAUAUGUAGAAUAUCUGAAUGGGCCUGGUCUGUUUGACAGCAUGUAUGCAGAAGAUGUUGAAGCACCAAAACUUUUACUGCUACCUGGAGUAUCAGAAUUUGUGGAACAAUACAAGAUUGAAUUCACCGAGAUUUGCCAGAAGCUCUUUAAAUAUGGACUUGAAGCAUUCAAUACACGCAAUAAAGAAGUGGACUGUUUCUUAGAAUGCUUGCAAGAAGCAAAUGAAGAAAACCAGCAAAAUGGAAUAAAAAUUAUCAAGGAAUUUGAGGACAAGAACAAAGAGCAGCUGAAUGAAUUGCAACAUAUCACUGACAGCUUGCUCGUGGAGAAUAAGAUCCAUCAGCUUAGAGUGAAGAUCGAUAAACUGUGGAACAGUCUGAUGAACCUGGAAAUGCAAUUAGUUGACCAACUGGAGGAAGCAAGCAAAGAAUUUGAACGAAAUAUUUCAGAAAUGGUUACAACUUAUAUUGAAAAUGUCCAGGCUUUAAUAGCUCAGUGCCGGGACAUGGAAAACCGUAACCAUGAGAACAUGUUAGAAAUUGCUAUGAGCAGUUACGACAAGAUGGGAAAGAGUGAUGGGGAUGAGGAAAUGCCAGAGGAACUCCGAGCUCUCUUUAUUGAUAAAGAUACAGUUAUGAAUACAAUUAAUGCAUCACAUGACUUGCAUCUGCUGAAGAUUGACAACCAAGAAGACAAAAUGGUUACAAAGGCAAAUGCCUGGCUCAGGGACACAAUUGAAAAGCUGCACAUGGAUGAAAUAGCCCGCAAUCGUAAACGCAUUCUGGAAAUUAAUGUUUACGUUAAUCACUGGCGGGAUGAACUAGAUUUCCUUGAGCUUCAGGAUGUGUAAAGUGAAGGAAGAGUGGUUUGUAUUUUUUUGUGAGAGUUGUAUUUCAAUUU